UCGACCGGUUUGUGUUGUUACUGGUUGUUCCACUGCAUGAAUGUAGCUACUUCAAUUACUCAAUAUCUUGGCUUAGUUCGUAUUUUCAUGGCUGUCACGUUUUCCAUCGAUGCAGUGGAUACCAUACAGUUGGCCUAAUCACAAAGGUGUCCUUAUGCAGUCCUUGCCCUUUGCCAAGUGUCAGCAUGGAUGAAGAAACUCUUGAGGCAGCCAUCAGCACCUAUGGAGCCCAGUUGCAGCAGGUGGAGACAGCCCUGGCAGCUGGUCUGGACCCAUCCCAGCAGUCAGACCUGCUUAAACUGAAAGAAGACCUUUGUCAGCUGAUAGAGCUCACAGAGUCCAGCCUGGUGUCUGUCAAAAAGAGUCGGCUCCUGGCCAGCCUCGAGGACAGCAAUGGGUUGCAGGCGAACACCCCAGAGGCUGCAGCUGCUGACACAAACGGAGGAGGUUUGGACAAUGAGUUUGCUGCUUUCUACUCUGAACUUGGGGAGUCUUCAGGUAGCAGCUCUGAGACUAGAGAGCGGGAAAAUGAGGAGGGAGGUGGGGAGGAAUAUGGUGAAGAAGAGGAGGAGGAGGAAGAGGAAGAAGAUGCACUGAGUGGCACCAAAGUAAGAGCACCCUACCGGACAACAUGGGGGACACUGGAGUAUCACAAUGCCAUGGUGGUGGGGGGAGAACCAUCAGACGGAGACGAGGCACAAGUAAGAGUGCUGUACAUCUACCCAACUCAGAAGUCUAUGAAACCCUGUCCAUUCUACCUGGAGGACAAAUGUCGCUUCCUGGAUAAUUGCAGGUUUUCCCACGGUGAAGUGGUGUACGUGUCAGAGCUGAGAGAGUUCCUCGAGAGUGACCUUAGUAAUCUUGAAGAAGGCUCAUCCUGCUUGGUUCGACACGAAGACGGCAUCUGGUACCCGGCCAAAAUCAAAGAAAUUGACAGUGGUUUCUACACUGUGAAGUUUGACUCAGUGCUGAUGAAAGAUGCUGUGGUCGAGGCCGACUGCAUCAUCCCGCCUCUCAGAGAGGACGACCCGCUCUCCUCUGACUCUGACCUGGACGACUCUGGGGAUGGAGAUGAUGUGGCUUAUGCAAAAGUUAUGGACUCUGCUGUAGAAUCCACAGAAACGUCUAACAGGGAGAAUUUUGGUGGCUGGGAGGCUCAUACCAGAGGCAUAGGGUCCAAGCUCAUGCUCAAAAUGGGCUAUGAAUAUGGGAAAGGCUUAGGAAAGCUACAGGAGGGUCGAAUAGAGCCGGUCCUGGCAGUGGUGCUCCCCAAAGGGAAGUCUCUGGACGAGUGUGCCGAGCUCACCCAGAGACGCACCCACAGCAAAGCUGCUAAAGACGGCUCACAACCACGGCGCCCGAAGAGACGCAGGAAGCCUCGGGCUGCCACUGGAGGGCGCCACAACGUCUUUGACUUUCUCAACCACAAGCUGGGAGGAAAGAGCAGCGAUCCUGCUGAGGGGGGAGCUGCUGCUGCGUCUUCUGCAGCGACGGGGGUGGAGGCUUACAGGGGAGGCAAAAGCACCAAGAGGACUCUAAAUGUGAAGCUGUUCCAGGCUGCUGAGAGGGUCUCCCAGACUGAGAAGGAGAUCCAGAAACUGACUGAGUCACUAAGCCGACAGACAGGCAGGGACGCCUCCAUAGUGAAGCAGCUGGAAGAGAAGCUGUCAGCGGCCCGACGGCUGCUGGGCCAGCAGAAAGCCCAGGAGCUGUCCAUCCAGAGAGAGCACAGGAAGGCUGACACACACAAGAAGAUGACUGAGUUUUAAGCUUAGUUCUCUCAAAGACUUGAAUGAUGAAGGGAAGCACUGCCUGCCUGAAUGAACUUUUGUCCUGUGCCUGUUGUCAGUUAUUUGCUACACUGUUUUUUUUAAGGCAUUCUUUUUGCAUUUCUUACUGGCGUCAUGGAUUGGAGCUGGCGGUGGUGCUCAUUUAAUGCAGAAUUUGCUGCAGAGUUUCUGCUUCUCAUUUUAUUUCCAAGGACUGAACAGUUUAUUUUGUUUGAAUGGUUGUUUGGUUUCAAAUUAUACAAUUCACAAUAAUGUCACAAACUAAAUUUUAUUUGUGAUUAU